UUGACAGCAGUGGUGCUGAUGUGAAGUAGCUACGUUACAUGUUUUUAUAGCAUCAUUGCUGCUAGACGAACAACAUUAGCACAUCCUGAUGCUAUAAACAGACUCGUUUAGCUUUAAAACGUGUCAUCGAAAUAUACGUGACGUGCCGUAGAUAAAAUUAAACAUUUGCGUUAAGCUUAUUAAAAGUCGUCAUUGUGCUAUUAGCCAGUGAAUGCUGUAACAGCGGAAGGCUAAUGACAUCAGGCUAAUGGUGACGUGCUGCGUAUCAACCUUGUUUUCUCAGGUAGGAUAAUUUAAGUCGAGAGGCUGACAAGCUGAAAGUCAUCACCGGCAGUCAUGGUGGGAGAUAAACGAAAGUGGCAUCUGUAAGUAACUAACGGUAACGUUAGCUAGAACCGACCUGCGGAGCGAGGAGACAUGAACACGCCGCUCGGCAGGAACGGGUUCAUCGGGCUCGCAGUCGGAGCUACAGCCGGCUUGGGCUUGAUUGCCUUCAUCAUUUACAGAGAGAUCAGUAAGAGAAAAUCCCAGAGACUUGUGCUGGAGGCUCGCCCAGCUGCCCGGCUGUUCGACGGGGCGGAUGGAGCAGCGCUGCUGCGGGAGGCGCUGGAUGCUCAGGAGGCAGAGGCCCAGCAGCAGGCUCUGGCAGCGGUGGAGGCGGUGGUGCAGGGCCUGUCUCCAGAGCAGCAGCUGGAGCUCAGGAACCAGCUGGACCAGGUGCUGAGCUGCGUGGCCUCACUGCGCUCAGAGGUGGCAGAGUUGAGGGGCGGCCUGCAGGACAUCGCCCUGCAAAUCAUCCAGGAUGUCAAAAAGGGAGUGGAGGACAGUCAGCGGCUGCGUCGGCGCCGUCAUGUCGUCCACAGAGAGCGCACUGACUCCACCAGCUCCAGCUCCAUCUAUUUCACAGCCAGCCAGGGCAUGGCCAGUGCGUAUGACGAGACCAGUGAGGGAGGGUACUCCACAGCCUACGCUGAGUCAGACUACACAGACCGUGAUACAGACAAAGAGGAGGGGGAGCAGCAGCCGGAGCAGGAGUCUGAGGAGGAGGAAGAUAGGAGCUGUGCCACAGUCCUCACCCUUCGCCAGGAAGACUCACAGGAAGAGGAGGUGGAGGAAGAUAGGGAGCUAGAGGAGGAGGAGGAGAAGGACGAGGACAAUGAUGAGGGGAGGCUGCAGCUGGUGACUGAAGUUCCCAGUGGGGAGCUGGCUCUCCUCCUGGCUCAGAGUGACAUCCUCCACACAGGAGACGCCAGUCUGAAGGCAGAGGGCUUUCGCCUGCUGGUGGACAACAGAGCCGAGUAUGGAGACAGCAGGGAGUUUCUAUGGCGACUGGCUCGGGCCUACAGUGACAUGUAUGAGUCAACUGAGGACAAACAGGAAAAGAAGACCUAUGCACAGCAAGGAUGUGAGGAGGCAGAGCGCGCCCUGAAGAAGAACGGCCUGAACGCUGAGUGUCACAAAUGGUUUGCUGUGCUGACAGGACUGACGUCCCAGCAUGAGAGCAUGCACGGCAAACUGAAGAGCGGCCACAUACUGAAGGAGCACCUGGACCGUGCCAUUGCCCUCAGAGACGACGACCCCAUGUGUUUCUACCUGCUGGGCAGAUGGUGCUAUGAGGUAGCCACUCUGGAUUGGCUGGAGAAGAAGGCGGCUGCAGCCCUAUACCAGAGCCCCCCCUCCUCCACCCUGCAUGACGCCCUGGAGAACUUCCUGAAGGCAGAGGAACUCAGUCCAGGUUUCUCCAAGACUGUGAGACUUUACAUCGCCAAGUGUCACCAGGAGCUUGGAAACAUCUCUGAGGCCACAAACUGGACCGAGCUGGCUCUGAAGAUGUCCACAAACACUAAUGAUGAUGAGCAAAUGUCUAAACUGGAGACUCAGCUUCGCGUCUUGACUGACAGAAAAAUCUGAAACAGUAAUUUCUUCUGAGGUCCAGCAGAUGGAGCCACUCAGCUGGUGGCACCGAUUGGCCAAUGAGUGACCAUCCAAUCAGAUGUGCAGUACAAAUGGCACACUAAUUUUUCUUUCCCUCUAUUAGUGGAUAUGUUUGUUUUGCUGUCACUGUGAAAUGAAAUGCAGUUUAUUGAUGUUUAUUUAUUUUCUGCAAACUUUAUUCUGGCUGAGCCGAGUUGGUGACUAAUACAGAUUGUAGUGUAUGUGGUAUCUUUAAUAUUUUUUUUAACAUUUUGCUUUUUUUUAACUGAGAAUUAGUGAAUAAACAUAAACAGUGAAUAAACAGUUUUAUUUGUGAGCAGGAUUAGGUCACCUAAAUUAAUUUUAUUGUUAUUAUUGUUUAACAUGAUUACAUGAGUACCAUGAUGUCACACACACAAGGUUAAAACAAUACUGGCCCUGGUGUCGCAGCUGGUUUUCAUCCUUCCCUCUAGUGCAGCCUUUCUCAAAGUGUGGUCAUGUCAAUAUCAUGUUUUAAAUUUAGUUUUUGUCAAACUGUCUCAGUGACUAUAAAGUCUAUAGCAAGCAUUGUAUGUGUUGUUUUCAAUAUUCAACCCACUCAUGUAAAUUCAAACAUUGCUCAUGUUCAUUGUUGUGUGAUAAUUCUGUGGCUACAUAAAUAGGAACACAUGUUGCUGGUUAGAGUGUGAGCUGCAGGGUUUGCUGAUAAGCAAAACUCUAGACCUAGUUAGGGAGACCAGGUAGCUGAGUGGGGUUAAGUGCAUGUUUUGUUAAGUCUCCAGUUUGAUUCCCAGCUGGUUGGACUUGUCAGUCCCCCACUCCCUUCACUGUCUUAUCCAAUAAAGGCAUUAGAAUCCAACCCCCCCCCCCCAAUCACGUAUCCUCAACCUCGAUGGAAAACGCCAUGAGGUCAAAGAUGUGAAGAAGUCUUAAGGAUUUAGGAAAAUAAUCUGACUGCGCUUUUUCUUCUUUCUUCAUGACGACUCCUGACUGAUUUAAAGAGGAUGAAUCUGUAUUUAUGGAUUCAGGCUUCAGUGGAUCACACAAGGAUUUCCAUCAGUUCUGGAUGGUCUCACAAACAUAAAACAGCUGCUCUGAUGUUUCUACAUUUA